GGACUUUGUGGAGUGGAUGUUUAGAUGUUCUGCAGAAUCGUCUCACGGGGUUUUGUUUGUUUAUUUGUUUGUUUGUUUGUUUGUGUUUUUCAGCAGUAAAAAACGCAGCCGCAGCAGAGAGAGGAAGAGGAGCCGAGAGAGAAAGAGGAGCCGCAGCCGCAAACGAAAGAGCCGCAGCCGAGAGAGACACCGCAGCAAAGAGAGAGACAGAGGGCGCUACAGAGAGCACCACGUUCGUCGGAGGUCACGCAGUAAAAGUCCUCUGAGGAAGGAGAAGAGCCCCGUCAGAGCUCCCAUUGAUAACCUGAGUCCUGAGGAGAGAGACGCUCGUACAGUUUUCUGUAUGCAGCUCGCAGCUCGAAUCAGACCAAGAGACCUCGAGGACUUCUUCUCCGCCGUGGGCAAGGUUCGUGACGUGAGGAUCAUCUCAGACAGAAACUCUCGUCGUUCUAAAGGAAUCGCCUACAUCGAGUUUGUGGAAACAAGUUCUGUCCCUUUGGCCAUCGGACUGACGGGACAGAGACUGUUGGGAGUCCCCAUCAUAGUACAGGCCUCACAGGCGGAGAAGAAUCGUGCGGCGGCGGCGGCGGCGGCGUGUUCUCUGCACAGAGGCUCUGUGGGGCCCAUGAGGCUUUACGUGGGAUCACUGCACUUCAACAUCACAGAGGACAUGCUCCGAGGAAUAUUUGAACCUUUUGGACGAAUCGAGAGUAUUCAGUUGAUGAUGGACAAUGAGACGGGACGAUCCAGAGGAUACGGCUUCAUCACGUUCUCGGACAGCGAGUGUGCGAAGAAGGCGAUGGAGCAGUUGAACGGGUUCGAGCUGGCGGGACGUCCCAUGAAGGUGGGUCAUGUGACCGAGCGCACGGACCCGAUGCUCGCCUCGUCUUUCCUCGACAACGACGAACUGGAACGAACGGGAAUCGACCUGGGCGCCACGGGACGCCUCCAGCUCAUGGCACGCCUGGCAGAGGGCACUGGGCUCCAGAUUCCACCGGCAGCCAAACAGGCUCUACAGAUGAGUGGAGCCAUCAGUGUGGGCGCUAUGACAGGGCUCCCUCCAGGUUUGACUCCGGGUUUGACUCCGGGUUUGACUCCUGGUCUCCCGGGUCUGGGUCCUGCCCUGGGUCCCGCCCUGAGCGCCGGACUCACCCCCGGACUCACCCCCGGACUCCCUCUGGCCGCUCCGCCCGUCGCCACCAACUGUUUCCAGCUCUCCAACAUGUUCAACCCCAAGAGUGAGGAGACUCCAGGUUGGGAGUUGGAGAUUCAGGCCGACGUCAUUGAAGAAUGCAACAAACAUGGAGGAGUCGUGCACAUUUAUGUGGACCGCAACUCUGCAGAGGGAAAUGUUUAUGUGAAGUGUCCUUCGAUCCCGGCCGCCAUGGCAACAGUCGCCGCUCUGCACGGACGAUACUUCGCAGGUAAAAUGAUCAGCGCGGCGUUCGUUCCGCUCUCGACUUAUCACAACCUGUUUCCAGACUCGGUCUCCGCCUCCACGCUGCUGCCCCCGCCCAUCCGCCGCUGACCCGGGCGCACGCCGCCCUCCGAUUGGACAAUAGACUCCGUACUUGGCUCUGGUUGGACAAUUUAGACGGUAGUGCGCUCUGAUUGGUUUAAGUUGAUGACGGUCCAAUGGUUGAGCUCCAUGAGCUGUUUUUUCUAAUCUUCAUUUUGUACUAGUUCCAAUUAAAUUUUAUUUUCAAACCUC